CCGUCUUCGUCGUCUUGUAGUAGCACUGAGUGCGGGAGUACUGGCCGGCCGGCGGCGAGGCUCCUCCACUUUCUCUGCACCCAUACAUACGUAUAUGCUUGUUCUCCGCCGUCUCCGCCUCCGCCUCCCACUGCCACGCCCUCUUCUCGUCUCCUCCUUCUCCUCCACCUCCCCCUCCUCCUCACCCUCGACCUCUAGCUCCUCCUCCUGUUGGUCGUCGACAGGCGAAAGUAGAAGGGCCAUGGCGUCAUCUCCUUCUCCCGAUUCGGCCGCGGUCGUUGCCGAGGGCUCCGCGGCUCGCCGCUUCUGGAUCGCUGCCUCCACGCGCGAGGCCGCCUUCGCCGCAUACACGCCCUUCCUCCUCUCCCUCGCCGCCGGCAAUCUGCGGCUCAACGUGUUUCGCCACUACAUCGCGCAGGACGCGCACUUCCUUCACGCCUUCGCUCGCGCGUACGAAAUGGCCGAGGACUGCGCUGAUGAUGACGACGACAUGGCCACCAUAGCCGCCCUCAGGAAGGCCAUCCUCCAAGAGCUCAACCUCCACUCCUCCGUUCUGAAGGAGUGGGGAGUUGAUCCUACCAAAGAGAUACCUCCAAGUGCAGCUACAACCAAAUAUACUGAUUUCCUACUUGCAACUGCGGCUGGAAAAGUUGAUGGCACAAAAGGUUCUGACAAAAUGGUUACUCCAUUUGAGAAGACUAAAAUUGCUGCAUACACUGUUGGGGCCAUGACUCCAUGCAUGAGGCUUUAUGCAUAUCUAGGCAAAGAACUCAUGGUUUUCCUUAAACAAGAUGAAAAUCAUCCAUACAAGAAAUGGAUUAACACAUAUGCAUCCAGUGAUUUUGAGGACACCACACUCCAAAUAGAAGAAUUGCUAGACAAACUAAGUGUCUCAUUAACUGGUGAGGAACUUGAGAUUAUUGGCAAGCUCUACCAGCAAGCUAUGAAACUGGAAGUGGAGUUCUUUUCUUCUCAGCUUAUAGACCAACCUGUUGUAGCUCCACUUUCAAGAUACUGUGAUCCAAAAUAUAAACUCUUGAUCUUUUCUGAUUUUGAUUUGACGUGCACUAUUGUUGAUUCAUCUGCCAUUUUGGCGGAGAUUGCAAUUUUGUCAUUCCAAAAGGCAAAUCAAAGUGGGAUUGAUAAUAACCUCGACCGUGCAAAAUCGGGAGACCUGAGAAGUUCGUGGAACAUGCUCUCUAAGCAAUACAUGGAAGAGUAUGAGAAAUGCAUGGAAAGACUACUUCCUCCAGAAGAAUCGAAGUCACUAGAUUAUGAUAAACUGUAUAAAGGCCUGGAGGUGCUAGCUGAGUUUGAGAAGCUUGCAAAUUCUAGGGUUGUCGACUCUGGUGUGCUGAGGGGAAUGAAUUUGGAAGACAUCAGGAAAGCUGGUGAGCGUCUUAUUCUUCAAGGUGGCUGUAAAAAUUUCUUUCAGAAGAUUGUAAAAACAAGGGAGAACCUCAAUUUGGAUGUCCAUAUUCUUUCCUAUUGCUGGUGUGCAGAACUUAUAAGAUCAGCCUUCUCAUCAGCCGGUUGUCUAGAUGGUUUGAACAUACAUUCAAAUGAGUUUGCCUUUGAGGAUUCUGUUUCAACUGGUGAGAUCGACAGAAAGAUGCAGUCUCCGCUAGACAAAGUUGAAAAGUUCAAGAGCAUCAGAAGUGACGUGGACAGUACAGUGCCAUUCCUAUCUGUUUAUAUUGGAGACUCGGUUGGAGAUUUGCUCUGCUUAUUGGAGGCUGAUAUUGGUAUAGUCAUUGGGUCAACCACAAGUUUGCGUAGGGUGGGCAAACAGUUUGGUGUUUCUUUUGUCCCAUUGUUCCCUGGUCUAGUAGAGAAGCAGAGGCAACUGGCGGAGGAAGAUGCAUCCGUAUUCAAGGCACGGUCUGGAGUCCUCUAUACGGUUUCUAGCUGGUCAGAAAUACACGCCUUCGUACUGGGAAGUGAUUUCAGCUGAUGGAUGUGCUGCUUCUUUUCUUCCAUUUUUUUUCCGCUUGAGAAGCAAAAUUGCCGGCCGAUGCUGAUGCACAUGAUACGUGAAUCCUCAAUGUGGUCAUUUUAUGAAAGCCACAUGUCAAUUCUGGCUACCAGUAUGUAUGAAUGAAUACCGAUACCAGUUUGUGGUGUGGAAUGGGUUGAGUUUGUACCCUUGAAUUGUGAUCAAUGUUUCAUUGAUUCGUCUGUCCUUGUUCCAUUCGGGGCUAAUUUCUGGGUGGUUGCUGGCAUUAUACUGCACCAACAACAACAGUAUAAACAUAGUGGUAUAUAUCCCAAGUCCAAGUGUAACGACGACUGCAUAAAUGUAGAGAUGUUUGUUUUUAAUUGGCAAUAAAUGAAAUGUGAUGAG